AUGGCGUCCGCAUCGACGAGCGCUCAGUCGCGCAUCUCCAAGCCGAGACGGCACAGCCGCAUUGAUCCCACUAGCCAAAGGCAAACGCGAAAAGGCACACGCCAGGCAGCCCUAGAGCCAUCGGACAUCACUCAAUCCGCACUACCAUCAGAGUGUCACUUGGGACUCGUCUGUCCAUGCCAUCUCAUCUCCGAUCUCGAACAUGAAGGUACACCGGAUGAGCCGAGGGGAGGUCAAGCGAAGAACGUCCGGCGAGCUGUGGCGGCUUCCAUCGUAUCUGGUGACGACUCACAGCCCAUCAGACAUCAUUCGUCAAGGAAAGCGAGUCCACUUCUGAGUAUGACCUGGCUCCUACUCGUCGGACUAUGCCUGGCGCUCAUCAAGCCUGUUGCGGCUCAAUCUGCGCUGUAUGAACCAGCAGGAGAGGGCGUGCUCUUCGGCGCAUGGCUCAACACUUCCUCAGGCGACGUGCCGACCGCGUUCAACGCCAGGCUUGGCUACAACGCUUCCGUCUUUCAGAUCGCUCAGCAGAUUCCCAUGCUCGCUUACAACUACACAACCGGCGCCGGUGGGCCCGCGCCGGAGUACCACAUCGAGCAAUCCUUCACUGACGCCGGCGUUUUCUUGACGGUCUAUCCUUCCACUCUGGCCUCCGUCACUGCACAAGACCUCACAGAUCUCGGCAACCAGCUGCUUAAUUAUACCGUCACUUACAAUCGCACUUGCUUUUUGCGAUGGGCGCCCGAAAUGCAGGGUCUCUGGAAUCCUUAUGGUCAACAACCCACAGAAUAUGUCGCACUCUGGAAGAUCAUGUAUCCCGCCAUCAAGGCAAUCGCACCCAACACUGCUAUCGUCUGGGCACCCAACACGGGUCAAUCUUAUCCUUAUGGUCAGACAGCACCCACGAACGCCGCCGACUUGGCCGCACUUGACACGAACGGCGACGGUCAAUACGACAAUGCCGAUGACCCAUUUAGCCCUUACUACCCCGGUGAUGCGUACGUCGACUGGAUCGGCAUGUCAGUCUACUACAAGGGCCCCAAUCACCAAAACCUCAACGUUCCCCAGACUGGCGGUUUCUGCUCGUCUGAGAUACAUAAUCUCGAUCCAGACACUGGCGUCGUCAAUGUUGUCGACUUUUACGAGACGUACUGCACCAAAGCUGGCAAAGCAUGCAUGCUUGCUGAAUCUGGUUCAGCCUACCACGAAACGGUGGCCGGUGGCUCAUCUCAGCUAGCGAUGCAGCAAGCCUGGUGGCAAGACUGCAUGCUCAAUACGACUUUCUAUGAUGCCAAUCCCCGCCUGAAGCUGAUCAUGCAAUUCGAGUACGAGAAGCUCGAAACUGACGGGGGCACGGCGGAUCUACGUGACUAUCGACUCACCAACGCUACCGACGUCCUUGCGGCGUUCCAACAAGAUCUAGGCACCACAGCAGAUCGGUUCGUCUGGGCAGGCUUCAGGCAACCACCCGCUGCCAUCCCGACGACAGGUCGACCCACCGAUCUGCCAGGCCAGACCCAACCCGCCACUUCGACAGGUCCGCCCGCGCUCGCGACUGUCAGAAAUACCCAGACGAGCUUCCCCUCGCUAUUCUUCGAAUCGUCAGCAGGGCGAAGUUACGCUCUCGCUUACGCUGCGGCGAGCGCGAGCAUGAUGGCAGUCAUCGGCGCAACAGCGUUCAUGUCAAAGGCACUAUAG